CACGCCCAUAAAGAAGCUUCUCGCGUAGUAGAUUCAACUCAGUCAGCUCAUCUCCUCACUACGCUAGGCUUAUUCGUACUUUGUUACAGAUUCUACUACGAGAGAAAUAGGCUUUCCGUCAUGUUUUGUUGGGGCGAAGCUCACGAUGGAGCACUGGGCUUGGACGUGAAGGAAAAAUGUGUGAUGGAGGCUAGACCAAACACUGCCUUUGGUGACAAAAAGAUCAAGUACAUUGCGUCCAGUGUUUCACACACGCUCAUAUUGUUGGAGUCAGGUUGCCUUUAUUCCUGUGGGAGUAACCAGUACGGACAGUUAGGGAUUGAGCAAAAAACGUCAUGCAUAAUGAUACCAGCUCACAUUGAUACUUUUGAUGAUACCAUCAUAACCAGCAUUAGCUGUGGAGUGAAGCACAGUUUAGCACUCUCGUCAGACGGGUCCUUGUAUGCAUGGGGAGAUAACAGUGAGGGACAGCUCGGACUGAAAACACUACAACCAAUAUGCAAACCAAGUAUAUUGAGUUUGCCAUUUGGUCGUCCUGUUGUCCAAGCUGCUUGCGGUGACCACCACACCUUAGCACUAACACAAGAUGGUCGUGUUUUUUCUUGGGGUAAGAAUACAACCUCUCAGUUGGGACAUUCCAAGGGUCUGUCCCGCGUCCUUGCUCCUACUCAGAUAACCCACCUCAUAUCAACACCAGUUGUUAAGCUUAUCUGUGGAUCUAAUCACAGUGCAGCUCUCACUGUGUCCGGUGGGGUCUUUCUAUGGGGAGACAACAGGCGGGCUCAGUGUGGGUUUGGUCAUGUGACAACUAAGAUAAGUUAUCCAACGUUGAAUGAGUUUAUGGGACGAUAUGCAGUUUCUCACGUGGCCUGUGGCACUGACCAUACUGUAUUCCAGGUCCAGAGUGGUCACAUAUAUACAGUUGGUUCCAAUGAGUAUGGUCAGUUGGGGCGUGGUGCUAGAGGCGCGGUCUAUUCUCGUCCUGCUCCAAUCAUGCAACUGAUGACAGUAGUCGUACAGCAAGUGGUCUGUGGCAGGUAUCACACUACUCUGUUAGCUAAGUACACUGGUGAUCUUAUUACAUUUGGUCAAGGGUUGAUGGGCCAGUUGGGUAAUGGUACUACUUUUAGUUCAGAGCAGUCCAUCCCUGUCAUGGGUCGCUGGAGCUCCCCCAAGCGCUAUCUACGUAGCCCAAGACCAGCCAACAGUAAUGUUGUUAAAGGUGUUUUUGCUGGUGGUAAUCACACUUUUGCUACUAUACUUCUACCUGAUCAGGAAGAGGAUUUACCAGUUGAUUUCAGCGACAUACAGUCACAAGAUGCUCCUUGUUUCCUCUCACUCGGGACUCUUAAGCAGAUGCUUGAUCUAGCACGAUACACCAAUGACUACACUGGUACUCUUCAGACACUCAAAAUGUUCUUCUCUUCACCGAGCUGUGUCAAUGGGUCAUUCCUACUUGAUCAAAAAAGAAGCAGUCCUCACGAGUGUAGAUUGGAUCAUGCUCAACUCACCACCUCUUUUGAAUUAUUAAGAGAAAGACUCUCAUCGCACGACAUUGAUCACAUGAUACUGAUUGCAUUCAACACAGGACUGUUACCCAAUCUACCCGAGCCACACCCCUCACCAGAAUCACUGAGAAUAUUCCAUAUAAUAUUAGCGUAUCCACUCGCUCAAGAGUAUCCAGCCUGCCUCAGUAUAAUUGUUACUUUUGUCAAAGUCUUCUUGUACAUCAGUGACAAAGCCAAAGACAUAAUAGAGAGUUGGUUGUUCAAUGGUCCAGUGGAAGUAUUACAGACUUGGAUUGAGAUAUUCAGGUACCCCAUAGCAAGGAUAAUAGCUGGAGGUAGAGACAGGAUAGAGCAGAGUGGCCAGACCUUAUAUGGAAGACCUAACCUAAUUCAUCUCACCGACGAUCAAACCUGGGCUCUCCAGGAAGGGAUCAAAGUCCUUCGCUGGCUUUUUGAAUGUAACAAGAAGCACAAGGAGCCCGUGAGUCACCAGAAGUUUUAUGUUGACGAGAUAGUUGAGUCUUGCGAUCUGAGAGAGGACUAUUUCUCUUACAAACAGAACAGGGUUGAUAGGGUGCUCUUCAUGAGGUAUUCAUUUGUACUCAAUGCUUCUGGUAAGGCUGAACUGAUGCAGAUUGAAGGACGAUACAGACAAAUGGAGGCAGUAGCGCAUGCUCAUCACAGGAAUAUACUGAACUGGUUUUCUGCUGAGGGCAUCAGUGAUGUGUCUCCAAUGGCUUUUGUCAUUAACGUGAGAAGAGACCACAUACUUGGUGAUGCUAUUACAGCACUGAGGAGUCACGAUACUGGCGACCUUCUCAAACCACUCAGAGUUCAGUUUGAAGGUGAGGAAGGUUUUGAUGAGGGCGGAGUACAGAAAGAGUUCUUCAUGCUGUUGAUCAGAGAAUUGCUUAAUCCAGACUUUGGUAUGUUCUACGAGGAGGAUGAGUCAAGAUACAUCUGGUUUAGACAGCAGCUUGAGCCCAUUGAGUCUUAUGACAGGCAGUGCUAUCACUUGGUUGGUAUGAUCUGUGCCUUAGCAAUAUACAAUGGAGUCAUAGUCGACCUCCCCUUCCCUCCCGUACUGUACAGGAAGCUACUAUCAUAUACUCCGAGUCUUAAAGAUCUUGAGUCUCUCAAGCCGUCGGUCGGUAAACACUUAAGAGGGAUACUCACUUAUGAUGGCAAUGAUUUUGAGAAAGACUACAACAUAACUUUUGAGGUCACAAGAAAUAUAUAUGGUUCAGUAAUAACCAUACCACUGAAGAAAGAGGGAGCCAGUGAACCAGUGACUAAACUCAAUAAAAAAGAGUUUGUUCAACUUUAUGUGAAAUAUGAGCUGACCGAGUGCAUCAAGGAGCAGUUUGAGUCGUUUGUUGAAGGCUUCAUGAAAGUCUGCGACAUUAAGAGUGACGUGUUUUUAACGUUGCAUCCAGAUGAAUUGAUGGCCCUUGUCUCCGGUUCUUCAUCCUAUGAUUUCAAUGAGUUUAUGGAGCACACCACAUAUAUUAAUGGAUAUACUCCCUCUCAUCCUGCCAUUCAGUCGUUCUGGGCUGUUGUUAACGAUUUCUCUCCAGAUGCACAGAAGCAGCUAUUGAUAUUCUGGACUGGUAGUAACAGAAUUCCUGUUGCUGGUGUAAAGAGUCUAAAACUUAUAAUACAGCGUAUGGAUGGCGGAGACAAUUUCCGGAGACUACCAGUAGCUCACACUUGCUCGAAUGUACUUGAUCUCCCGCCGUAUCCUUCCAAUGAUCUCAUGAAAGAGAAACUCCUCAAAGCUAUAUUCUUCACCAAAGGAUUUGGUAUCCUCUAAAAGCAGGGCUAGCACACAUAAACUGCAACAAUCUCCAUGCAAUGUCUUCUCUUCAAUUUUAUUUAUAAUUGUACUGAUUGUUCACUUGUAUAGAAUACAAUCUCUAUAAUAUUAUGACUUAUGGUCAAUUUAAAAAUUUUUUUUCACAA